AUGAAGGAUUUUCCAAAAAAAUGGAGUAUGGAUGUGGUGGAUACAGAAACAUUUAUUGACUCGAUGAAUCGUCUAAUGAACAAUGAUGACGAUGACACUUCCAGCAGUUCUACCGACGAUACCGAUACGAACAACGCUAAACCGUUAAACAAGAACCAAACUCAACUGUCAUACACAAACCUCAUUAACGACCUGCUCGAAAACAAUCCGAACUCCGAGUACGGACAUUUCGAGUCUUACGCCAACGCAAUGUAUUGCCACGACUGCCAGAUGAUGCUGCAGCCAAAGUACAUUUCCCGAAUCCCGUGUAAGGUGCCAGAGUUUGUCGUGCAGCAAGACGGUACCGUGAUCUACGUACACUCUAAAUGUGAAAAACUGGACUUGACGAAAUACAUCCAAUCUCUAGCCACCCAGACAGGAAGCUGGGAAAAAACGUACUGGCAAAUAUGGUCAGAAUGUCAUUUUUUAACUUGUAUUACGUGUAAAUUGCAAUAUCCGGUGAGGAACUCAGCCAUGUGCCAGUACCAUCCGGAGAUCCCCGAAUAUUUUCCGAUCGGAAACUUGGGUUUGGAGCAACCCAUAGGCCGAUAUCCGUGUUGUGGCGAAAGAGCUUUCCGAUUUGAACUUGUUAAAAAUCCAUUCGGGUGUAAAUUCCGUAUGCACAUUCCGAAUAAGGAAAACCUAUAUUCUGGACGUAUUGUGAAAUUGAUGUGUAAGAAUCUGGAUUUGACUGUUGCACAUCCUCCUGCGUUGAAUCGUGAAAGCAAAAUCAUGAAAUUCGUCAAUUUGGACCCUGGAAUAAAAAGACCAAAUUAUCAACAUUGGUGGGUAAAAUUGACAUUAGGGGCCAAUGGUUACACUCACCAACCAAUAAUUUCAUCGGGAUGUAACUUUUUAACCGGUCAAAAAAAAUUGAAAAAAUGGAAGGAUUUAAAUAAAAGGAGGGAAAAAAAUCUUAUUGAACUAAAGAAGUGGGUGAACAUCAACAAUAAGCAGCCGAUCGUAAAUUCAUCUAAGAGUUCAAUAAAUGUCAAAGAAAAUGCGGACGUCAAUCCUCCAAUAUCAAAUGAAAAAUUAAUCGACACCAAGAAUUUAAUAAACCAAGGGAACUUGUGGAAAAAGUCGUCUCCGAUGACUUCUAUCCAGGAUUCGCAAAGAGAACAAGAGCGUAUUUUCUUUGACCAAAUCAUAGUGAACCACGUAAAAUCAAUAAAAGGGGUGAAAGGUUCGCCCGGAACUCCCGAUCAACUCAGAGAUAGUUACACGCUGAUUCGGGCAAAUAUGCUAGCCAAAAUCGAAGCACAAAAUAAAUCCACAAAUUUGAAACCCACGAAGUCAUGUAACGAUAAGAAAAAGAAGUUCUAA